AUGAAGAAUUUCUUUGAUGUCAUAAUUAUUUUGAUUAAAAAAAAUUUUAAUGGCAAAAAUUCUUUUUCUUAUUUUACUUUGUUUAGCGAUUGGAAUACUAUUUUUGAAAGUGGAUGGUUUGAAAAAUGCAAAGAAAAUGACAUCAGAUAUAUUUUAGUAGGGAAUUUAAGAAAUAGCGCAUUUUAUUCUGUAUUAAAUUUGCCUCCACAUUAUGAAGUUAAAGUUAUUGUAGAUGGUUAUUUCAUAAGGCCACCAGGUUCCACUGUGACAAUUUCUUAUGAUAUUUAAGGAUCCUCUCCUUCAUAAUCAUUCAAUUACAAGGAUGAUAAUGAAUAUAGUUAUGAUAAAGUUUGUAACGAUGACUGGAGUAAAUUUGAAAUAUAAACAUUCACUAUGAAAUUUAAUCAUAAAGAUAAUGACGAAAUUAGGUUUAGAGUGUGUGGAACAAAUUUUCCAGAUGAUAGAAAUUAUGGUCUAAGAGGUUUAUAGAUUUAUGUAAAUAAAUGUCAUUGGUCAUGUUUAAAAUGUAGUAGCAAUUUAGAAACUACUUGUCUAGCUUGUUUUACAAAUCCUUCUGCUAAUUUAGGGUCCCCUUCAACUUGUAGAAAUUGUCCUGUUCAUUAUGCUUUUAUUGAAUAUUUAGAUAAUACAAAAAGUUGUGUAACUGAAUGUAAUUACUAUAGAAUUCCAGAUUCUAAUAAAGUAUGUUAAUUUAAUGAAUGUAUUGAUUUUAAUAAUUAUUUAGAUAUGCUCCCUUAUACGACAUAUUUUGAUACUACUACAAUUCCUUCUACAACUCCUUGGAUGUUUAUUCCUGAUCCAAUAAAUUUUAAUAUAGUUUAUACCGAAAAGAUAAACAAAAUACCUUGUUUCUCUAGUAAAAAUUAUGUAGGUCCAUUUUUUUAUAAUGAAGGAUUUAGUAUAAAGUUAUCAAUUCCUUAUAAUAUCUCCUAUAUAAGAUUUAGAGCAACAAUAAUUAAAUUUAACAAUUGGGUUGAUUAUUCAGCAGUUCAUGUAUUAUUAGAUGAUAUUGAAUUUGCAUCAGUCUACACAAUUUCUUAAGUAAUGACAGGUCGAAAUGCUGAUUAAUUAUAUUCUGAUACAAAUUGUACUAAUCCUAAUGUUGGAUAUUAUAGAUUAGAAACUAAAUUAAAAUCAAAUAUCACAAAUCCUAUAUUAAUCUUAUAAGGAUCUAUGGAGUAUUAAUAUGAUAAUAAUUAUUAAAAGUCAAUCUGGUUGACAAUCUUGGGGUUUUCGAGAUGUUGUUAUGGAUAUAAUGAAAUGUUAAGAAUCAUGUGAUUGGUGUGAUUUUGAUUAAAAAUGUUAUUCUUGUUCAACAGGAUUUCUUUAUAAAAAUAAAUGUGUAUCUAAUUGUCCAUCAUAUGGAAUUGAGACCACAAGAGUUUGUUAAGAUUUAGACGAAAUUGUUGCUAGUAUAAAUAUAUAAUAUUUAAUGUUAGAUUCAAAAUACAUAAUAAAAGCAUUUUAUGAUUCUUCAAAUACAACUGAUACAGAUGUAAGUUCUAUUGUUGGAACAGUAUCAAAUUCAGGUGCAGAUUUUAAAACUAAAGAUCGCUUUUUGAAUACUAAUUCUGCUAUUUAUUUUAGUUAUUAUUUGUAAAAAAGAGUAUUAGGUGGUCCAUUAGUUUGGUAUAAAGCAAAAUUUCUUAAAAAUUUCAAUUUAAAUCCUCAUUAUAGUUUUAGAUUUAAAUUUGUCAUCAUUUUAGGAGAUGAUUUUGAUGGAAGUUUUGACUAUGAUAUUGGAGGAGUUUCAGCUUCAUUGACAAGAGAUAGUAAACUAACUACAGCCAAUAAUGUUGGUAAAGAUAAAGAUGACAAAUAUAUAAUUAUUGAUAGAAUAGAAUCACACAUUAUAUCCAGUUUUUCAGUAGAACUCUAAUGUAAAUCAAAUAAGGGAUCUAUCGAAGAUAAUUUUUGUAUUAUUUAUGA